AUGAAAGUGUUUAUUGCUUUGGUAUUGAUUGUGGCUACAGUCUCUGCGGGUUAUAUCCAACCAUUUGACAAGCCUGUACAUCCUCGCGACUUGGCAGUUAUCUUUGAUGAUGAACCAACUGGUCGUAUUACCAAUGGUCAGACCGCUAGUGCGGGACAGAUCCCUUUCCAGGUUGGUUUGAGCUUCACUGGUAGCAGCGGUAGCUGGUGGUGUGGUGGUUCUUUAAUUGGUGAAUCAUGGGUUUUGACUGCUGCUCACUGCACCAGCGGUGGAACUAAAGUGAGUGUUUACCUUGGUGCCACUAAACGCACCAGCCCCAAGGAAACCCAGACCGUUACUAGCAGCAACUUUGUUCAACACGCAAGCUACAGUACUUCAACUUUGGCGAAUGACAUUUCGCUCAUCAAAAUCGAUUCUGUGACUCUUGGCUCAGAUAUUAAUACGAUUGCUCUGCCUAAGAUUGCUUCUUCGUACUCCACUUACUCAGGCCAAACUGCUCAGGCUUCUGGUUGGGGUCUCACCAGUGAUUCCGCUACUGCCGUCAGCUCUGAUUUGCAAUAUGCUGAUAUGCAAGUGAUUGAUAACACAGUCUGUGCAAAAACCUACGGUUCCAGGAUAAUCACCUCGAAUACUAUUUGCACUCAGGUUGUAUCUGGUGUCUCCACCUGCAGUGGUGACUCUGGUGGCCCAUUGGUUUUGGUAUCGGAAAGUGUUCAAAUCGGUGUUACCUCAUUUGUCUCAAGUUCCGGCUGUCAGUCUGGUGCUCCAGAUGGCUUUGUCCGCGUCACUAGCUACUUAAGCUGGAUUAAGGAAAAAUCUGGCAGAAUUGCGUCGACGCAAGAACUUCAUAGGCAUUACUUUGGUGCUGGUGAUUUUGAUUUUGAUUUUUGGUACUGGGAUCUCACCUGGCUCGUGUGGGACAAGCAGUGCUCCAAAUAUAAUAUAAGCCUUCCAGUAGAUACUCGCAUUACAGGUGGCGAUUUGGCUGCGCCCAAUAUGUUCCCCUAUCAGGUGGGUCUUCUACUGCUGCGCGCACCAAAAAUUUAUCAAUGCGGUGGUACAUUGAUAUCGGUGAGUUAUGUGCUCACAGCGGCGCAUUGUUUAUAUAAGUCUACCCGUGGCAAAGUUUUUCUAGGUUCUACAGAUUUCGCCAAUCCGAUAACCUCUGCUGCUGUUUACAAUGUUAGUGAAGAUAAUUUUUUUGUUUACGAGAAAUACACAUUACGUGGUGGUCGUGAUGACAUCGGUCUAAUACGCCUACCCUCGCCGGCAACGCUUUCCGCUGCUGUACAGACCAUACCACUAGCGCGCCGCUUUAUGACGCAGUCAUUGUUGGAGGGUGAAAUCGUCACCACAUCUGGCUGGGGCCUUACAGCAGACGCUGAUGGGGAAAAAAUGGAAUUCAAUUUGUUGUUGUAUUAUGUAGAUGCACCAGUGAUGGCGCUGAGAGAGUGUGCUUGCUAUUAUCUGCCCGGGUUGGUACGUAGCCGUAACCACAUUUGCGCGAAUGGCGCUGGUGGACGUGGCAGCUGUGAUGGUGACUCUGGCGGACCACUAACUUAUUAUUAUCGCAAUAAAACCUAUUUGGUUGGAUUGACCGCCUUUGGCAGCGUUGGGGGCUGUGAAAUUGGUUUUCCCUCAGUGUAUACGCGUAUCACUUCAUAUUUAGAUUGGAUUGCUGGGCGUACAGGAAUAAAAGUUGAUUAA